AUGACCCUUUUCAAGUGUUGGUCGGCAAAUAUUCUCGAUCCGUCAGUUUUGGUGCGUGUUCACACGACGAAAACGGCGAGUGAAGUGGUGGUGUGGUGCGUGUUUUUUUUUCUGUACCUAGUCAGUCGUCGUCAGGAGAGAGGAAAAUAUUUGCAGCGCAGUGAAAAAGUGCCCGAGCAGCUUUUUUUAAAUAGUUAGCAAAGAUGUCGUCGUCUGCAAAUUCCAACCAACAACAGCAGCCAUCCAGCAGUAAAGCCAUCUCCCGGCAGCUGAAGGCCAAAGCCAGCGAGUUCCUUGCUGGCUCGGAAAGCGCAUCCAACAAUCUGCUGGAAAUCGUCGCGUUUUUGAAGGAGAGUAAUGCACGGAAAAGUGCCGUGAUCCCUGCCCUGCUGGUGGUGGAGUCCAUUUUCUGCGAGCUGCUGAAACGAAAUGAGAUGCAAAUAGUCGUGCAGCCAUUGAAACCAGCUGACGAAUCAACCGGAUCGUCUCAUAAGCAGUGGCUGCAAGCUCAGUACAAAGAAUCGUUCAGUGCCAUACUGGAGUCGUUCGGCCACGAUAAGCCGGCGGAAAGUUCGCAGUCUUUGGCCACGGCCAUGAAGCUGAUUGUAGCGGAAACGGAACAUCCACUGGAAGCCAAUUCUGGCACGGUUCACUUUCCGUUGGCCAAGCUGAGACAGGUACUUCAAGCGAUGUUGUCCUCGGAUCGACUGAAUACCCACAUGAUGAAUCGGUUUUUGGAAUAUUCGGCCCAUCUGGAUGUGAUCUACUUCUGCUGGAAGAUUGUGCCAUCGCUGGCGCCGAAAGAAUUCUGCCCAAGUACGGUGUUCAUCCAGAAUUACCUCAGCCUUGUGGGAGCUAUUUGCUUUGGCAAGGAAGCAGUAGAAGAAUCCCCGAGUUUCCUCUGCAUUCAGAUGCAGCUGGACUACCCCUACAUUCGGAAACACAUCAACAAAACUUGGUCUUGCGUUAUGAACUGGAAGCACGACGAAACCAGCCAUCGGCAGCUGUUGAUUCUUCUGCUGGAGAAAGUUCUCUCCCAUCUGGACAAACCGGUCCUGCUGACCGACUUCCUUAUGGAUUCGCUGGACGUUGGCGGUGCCAUCAGCCUCCUGGCCCUGCAGGGCAUCUUUGUCCUUAUCCAGCAGCACAAUCUCACCUACCCGAACAUCUACGAGAAGCUGUACUCGAUGUUCGAACCGGAAAUCUUCCACACCAAGUUCAAGGCACGCCUCUUCUAUCUGGCGGACAUUUUCCUCAGUUCCAGCCACCUCCCGGAAGGCCUAGUGGCCGCCUUCGUAAAGCGACUGGCCCGUCUGGCCCUGAUCGCUCCACCGCAGGACAUCGUCAUUAUCCUGCGGUUCAUCGGUAAUCUCUUCCUGCGACAUCCGGCGCUGAAGCGUUUGAUUUUCCACCCCACCGGAGGCGAAGUUCCCCAAGACCCGUACGUGAUGGAUGAACGGGAUCCGAUCAAGUCGAACGCCCUCGACAGCUCGCUGUGGGAAGUGGCCACGCUGCAGUCGCACGUGCUGCCCUCGGUGGCCACCGCUGCCAAGUUUAUCUCCAAUCCGUUCCCGAGCGCCGAGUGGGAUCUGGCGUCCGUGUUGGAAAUCAACGAAAAUGAU